AUGGUUGCAAUGGUUUGCGCUGAGCAACACGCUGCUCUCACUCUUUUCCUUUCUCUUCCACACAUCUUCACUCAAUCUCACUCUUUCCCUUUGUGUUCCACACCCCUUCACUCAGUCUCACACUUCCCCUUUCACUUCCACACCUCAUCACUCAGCCUCAUUUUCCUUUCUCUUCCUCAAACAUUGACUCAGUCUUACCUAUUCCGUGUUUGUUCCACAUCUAUUCACUCAGUCUCACUGUUUCCUUUUCUCUUCAAGACUCCUUCACUAAGUCUCACUCUUUCACUUUCUAUUCCACACCCCUUUACUCAGUCUCGCUGUUUCCCUUUGUCUUCCACAACCAUUCACUCAAGCUCACUCUCUCCUUUUUUAUUCCACACUCCUUCACUAAGUCUCACUCUUUCCUUUUCUCUUACACACGACUUUCACUCAGUCUCACUAUUUCUUUUCUCUUUCCACAACCCCUCACUCAGUUUCACUCUUUCCCUUUCUCUUCCACACCCCUUUACUCAACAUAACUUUCCUUUUCUCUUCCAUACGCCUUCACUCAGUCUCACUCUUUUCCUUUCUCAAUUUCCCUUCCUCGCAAAUACAAAACUCACAAAACUUAGGUAUGUGGGUCCAAGGAACCCUGAUUUGUAA